AUCCACCUCAAUUCUUUCCUGCCUCUCCACCGGUACAUUUUCCAUCCACCACCACCCAUCACCCGCCAGGCCUACGGACUACCUAGGCACGUCACUUUCCAUAACCUCCUUCAACACAAUACCUUUUCUGGUCAAGAUCAAUGGUACUAGCUGCCUGGAGGCCAUUCGUUAAUGACUUGUAAGUUAUUACCUCCACCUGGUUACAAGGCUUCCAAGAGCCAGCCAGUUUCCCGUCACGAGCCAUCAAGCCAGCCUCGUAGCGGCGCGCUCCCAUCCUGAUAUCCUCAUCUGCCAUGACCUGGGCGAUCCCUGAGAUGCCUCAUGUUGAUGGAAACGGACUCGCCGGAUGGUUCUGAUGCCCUGGUGACACGUCACGGUACUCUGAGUCCGCUUGACUGGCACAAUGGCAUCGCCAUCAACUUUCAGCCUCGUCUCCAUCAACCGCGUCCCCGCGAUGCGACGAGGUCGAGAUCUCCAUCAAUUCCCGGGUUUUCCUGGUGAUUUCAUGUUGAUCUCGGUCGCCCAACCUCACUGGCCACGCUCUUUCUCCGCUUCUGUCCUCAGACGGUCAAACAUUUGGCUAACGUCGUUCCAUCCAUAGCAGGCAGCCUCGACUUAGACCAUCACCAUGUCUAGCCCCCUCGAACCCGGUCCCACCAACGGGUACGGGUCGCCAGAGGGCGGUUCUCCCUCUCCAAUAGUCGCUGCCGGCCACCAGAGCGACAGUGACCUCUCAGAUAUGCACGAUAAUGCCGCACGCCUCGCCUCAUCGUCACCGUCGCCGGAUCCCAACGACUUGUCUGGUUACAUGAAUGGCGCACCCGACUUCGCCGAAAGCGAGAGCUCCGGCGAUGAGAACAACGCAUCUGACGAUGCUGACUUCGAUAUGGACGAGGACGCGGCUUCUGUUGCCCAAAGCGACGGGGCUGGCGACGUCCACUCGGACUCCAAUGAUUCUCAACGGCCUACGAAGCGGAAAGUCCCUGCCCGAGAGGAUGACUACAUCAAGGCAAAUCCAGAACUGUACGGGUUGAGAAGAAGUUCCCGCCCGACGCAGCAGCGCAGAAUGGUUGAUUCAUCUGACGAAUCCGAGUCUGAUGUGGUGCCUACUAACCGAAGAGUGGUGAAAAGAAGACGCGUUGAGACAUCGAGACAAUCUUCAAAACGAGGUACACCUGCACGACAACCCUCCACGAAUUCGGACUCCGACUCUGAUAACUACGGUGGUGCGCGCGCGAAAAGUCUGCAAAAGAAGGCACGCCGUCAGCGUGAGGCCCAGCCAAGCGCGCUUCUCGCGGAGAAGCGUUGGUCGAGCAGACGGGCCGCGCAAGUGCAACAAGGCGCCUACGAAGAAAGCGACGUCGAUGACGAGGACGAGGACAUGCUUACGCCCAAUUACUAUGCGGCAGAUGUUGUAGACGACUCCCCAUACAUUGACAAGGUCCUGCGACACAAGCUGAAAGACGGCCUCGAGCUCAGCUGGAGCUCAACUAGAACCGACUUCGAAUACUUCGUCAAGUGGCAAGGCAAGUCUCACUUGCACGACACUUGGGAAACAGCAGAGACCCUACGCAGCAUGCGAGGCUAUCGUAGAGUCGAGAACUACUUCAGAACCAUUGUGGAGCAUGAGCUCCUGAUUCGGUAUGGUGAAGACAUCCCGCCCGAAACCAAGGAGCAGUUCUUCCUUGAUCGUGAGCGUGCGGAAGAAGCACUGGAAGAUUUCACGAAGGUGGACAGAGUUGUCGCUGUUCGCGACGGUGAUGAAGAGACAGAAUACCUUGUCAAGUGGAAAGGCUGCUACUACGACGAGUGCACGUGGGAAGUUGCGUCUGCCAUCAGUGCGGACUUCCAGGACAAGAUUGAUCAAUUCUUGGACCGAUCUUCUCGGUCGUGGGUCUCUGAUCGCAAGGAGUCAAACCCGGAUACUCGAACAAGGAUGACCAAGCUUGAAUCGCAACCCGACUUCAUCAAAAAUGGUGAACUGCGCUCAUUUCAACUCAGAGGCCUGAACUUCUUGUGUCUCAACUGGACUCGCGCAAACAACGUCAUUCUUGCCGAUGAAAUGGGUCUUGGAAAGACCGUUCAGAGCGUGUCAUUCCUCAGCUGGCUUCGCAACGAACGCGAGCAAGAGGGGCCUUUCCUCAUUGUUGCCCCUUUGAGUGUCAUCCCGGCAUGGGGUGAUACCUUCGACAACUGGUCCCCCGACAUGAACUAUGUUGUGUAUCUCGGCAAUGAAGCCUCCCGCAGUACAAUCCGUGACAACGAGCUAAUGAUCAACGGCAACCCCAAGAAGCCAAAGUUCAACGCCCUCAUCACUUCAUAUGAGAUGAUUCUACAAGAUUGGCAGUUUCUUCAGCAGAUCAAGUGGCAAGCUCUUCUUGUGGACGAAGCUCAUCGUUUGAAGAACAAGGAGUCUCAACUGUACGCGAGACUAGUGAGCUUCGGCGUGCCUUGCAAGAUCUUGAUCACGGGCACCCCUAUUCAGAACAAUCUAGCCGAGCUGUCCGCAUUGAUGGACUUCCUCAACCCUGGCAAGGUUGUGAUUGACGAAGAGUUGGAAGAUCUUGCAGGUAACGAUACGCAAGAAAAGCUCCAGGACCUCCACAAGUCUAUCGCCCCAUACAUUUUGCGACGCACAAAAGAGACAGUCGAAUCCGAUCUUCCGCCAAAGACAGAGAAGAUCAUUCGUGUUGAGCUCUCAGAUGUGCAGCUGGAUUAUUACAAGAACAUUCUUACAAGGAAUUACGCCGCGUUGUCCAGCGCAACCGGCCAGAAGAACUCCUUGUUGAACAUCAUGAUGGAGCUGAAGAAAGUCAGCAACCACCCAUACAUGUUUGCGGGAGCCGAAGAGAGAGUUCUCGCCGGCAGCACCCGUCGAGAAGACCAGAUCAAGGGCCUCAUCGCCAGCAGUGGAAAAAUGAUGCUUCUCGACCAGCUCUUGACAAAGCUGAAAAAGGAUGGACACAGAGUACUUGUCUUCAGUCAAAUGGUCAAGAUGCUAGACAUUCUCAGCGAUUACAUGGCACUUCGAGGCUACAAAUUUCAGCGUCUCGACGGCACCAUCGCCGCUGGCCCUCGACGCAUGGCUAUCAACCACUUCAAUGCGGAAGACAGCGACGACUUUUGCUUCCUCCUCUCCACCAGAGCAGGUGGUUUGGGUAUCAACUUAAUGACGGCCGACACUGUAGUCAUUUUCGACUCUGACUGGAAUCCCCAGGCUGAUUUGCAGGCUAUGGGACGCGCGCACCGUAUCGGUCAGAAGAAGCCCGUCAGCAUCUACCGCUUGGUGUCAAAGGAGACCGUUGAAGAAGAAGUGCUUGAGCGUGCUCGCAAUAAGCUCUUGCUCGAGUACCUGACGAUUCAAGCUGGUGUCACUGACGAUGGCAAGGCUUUCCGUGAUGAAAUGAACAAGAAGGGUCUGAAGAUCGACGGGCCCAACUCCGCUGAAGAUAUCCAGCUCAUUCUCAAGAUGCGCUCGCAGAAGAUGUUUGAGCAAAGCGGCAAUCAAGAGCGUCUUGAACAGCUCGACAUUGAUUCCAUAUUGGAGAAUGCCGAAAUCACGAAGACGAAGGUGGAUGACAAGAUGAAUCUCAGCAGUGGUGGUAUUGACUGGGACAACUUUAUGCAAUACACCGACGUGAAGGUGGACGACUUGGCCCUUGACUGGGAUCAGAUUAUCCCCGCAGAGGAGCUUGCCGUGAUCAAGGCUGAUGAAGAGCAACGGAAGAAUGAGGAGUACGUGGCGAAGGUUGCUGCCGAGAGCGCUCCCCGGAGAGCGACAAUGAAGAAUCGAAAUGAGACGGAUAGGUCCGACCGUCUUGCGAAGAAACGACAAAGGGAGGAACAACAACGCCGAGAAGCCGAGGAGCAGCGUGCCCUGCUGUCUGACCCCAAGCGCCCACUCAACGAGAAGGAGACGCGAAACCUUCUCAAAGCUUUCUUCAGAUACGGAUCUAUGGAUGACCGCGGCGAGGAGAUCGUACAGGAAGCACGCCUCGGAGAGCGCGACCGCGAUUUCCUCAAGUCUAUACUAGACGAUUUUGUCAAGAGAUGCGAAGAUGCGCUCAAUGAUAACAACACGCGUCUAAUGGAUGACGAGCGGAAACUUGGCAAGUCUCUGACGAAGAAGGAUAAGAAGGCUGUUCUAGUUGAUUUCGGCGAGGUCAGGAAGAUGAACGCAGAGACGGCGGUCGAGCGUCCUCAACAACUUCGCCUGCUGAGGCAAACCAUUCGGAAGAGCGAUGACUUCAAGACCUUCCGUCUCGCCGAUGCGACCAAGGCUGCCCACUAUUCAUGUGAAUGGGGCGCUCGAGAAGACGGUAUGCUUCUGGUUGGCAUCGACAAGUACGGGUUUGGGGCUUGGACUCAAAUUCGGGACGAUGCCACGCUAGACAUGUCGGACAAAUUCUUCUUGGAGGAGCACCGCAUCGAAAAGAAGGAAGAACGAAAUAAGGCGACUGAAAAGGGUGUUAAUUCACCAGGCGCCGUCCACCUCGUUCGCCGUUCAGAAUACCUGCUUUCUGUGCUUGCGGCCAAACAUUCUAGUGACCCACUUGCUCACAGAACUGUCGAAAAUCACCAUCGCAAUAACAAGCGACUGGCGAAUGGACACCGUCGCAGUGAUGUAGGCAGUGGCGCAGCGUCUCCUGCUCCGCCGGCCCUCAAAAAGAGCGGCUCGCAUCGGGACAGAGAACGCAGCCACGCUGAUCAUCAUCGCAGCCGCAGCAACGCUGAUGAGAAAGGCACGCCGCGACCUGACUCCAAAAGGAAGCAUUCAGGCCAUGAUGAAGGCCGUAUCCCGAAGCAUCGGAGAACGGAUGAAGCCCGACGGACCAAAAGUAAUGGUGAUGAGCAACAGUCUCCUCGAGCUGACAGACCAAGGCAUCGCGAUGAGGGGGAGCGAAGUAGCAAACUUCGCCGCCCAGAUGAUCAUCGACAUGGCGAUGAUCGACGCAGGUCGAGCAACACCCCGCGAGCAAAUCAGCCAGACAACGAGCGUCGCAACCAAGCCCUUCACCGACUUGAUCAACUCCGUAAGAUGGGCGAUAAUAAGGAGGAACGUGAGAAGGACGCGGAUGCCAUGUUGUGGUACUUGCUCAAACCGGUUCGAGCAAACUUUGAGGCAAUUCUUGUUACAACGAAGGAGAGGAUCAAGUCCAGCAAGGAACGCGCCAAGAUAUUUGGAGAGGAGUUGGUUGUCAUUGGCAACUUCCUGGAUCGCGAAUUCGUUCAGGAGCGAGACAAUGCGCUGAAGAAUCGCUUCUGGGAGUUCUUGGCGAACCUGUGGCCAGUUGACAGCACGAGCAACGAAGUAACGGGCGAUCGGCUGAGCGCCAUGUAUAGAGUCCUGCGGGACAGAGAAGUGAAGAAGCACAACGGAGACAAACCGGCCGCGGCGGCGGCAAAUGGCACUGCAGCGGCUUCUUAGGAUUCGCAAUCAUAAAAGUACGGACUGGGAGACGGGUUUCCAUUUGCGCAUAUCCAUCCAGUCACGAUUUGUGUUUAAUAUCAGCAUCGGCAUGGCGUUCUCGGUACUAGGUGGGCAGGGCAUUUUCAUUGUGGGUGAGGGAAUGAUAAGAUAAACUACAUACCCGGACUUGCAUGGUACAGGACGGACUCGUUUUUUGGAGUUUUGCGAAAACAAUAUCAUGUCUCACCUCAUGCGUUUUUGAGAUUUUUUUAGUGAGGCGAGGACAGACGAGCCGGGCCCUGUUCUGGUUGCUGCCUUCCGUGGAGGCAGGCGUGCGUGCGAGCGAGCGAGCGAGCCUUGCUGGCCGGCUGGCCGUAGGCUGGUCACAUGACGUUGGCCUCGUUUAGGUGCGAGUACGCGUAGCCUUGUUGGUCGCGGCGGCGGCGUGGUGGCAGACUGGAGAUGGGGCAUUGUACCCGUGCUGGCAGUCAUACCUACGGACGCUCGGUCGCAUCAGCAGGAGAUACGGAUCUGAGCCCGAUAUAUCUAGCGCAUAGGGAUGGACGGAUGGAGC